AUAUUCGCGCAGUUGAUGCUUUCUCUCGCUUGCAUACGGCAAGGAUCGGGGAUCGACCAGCGUUGUAACUUUGUACCUUUAAAUAGGGGGGAAGAAGCGGGAACGCAAGCUGAGCCCGAUCACCGAUUCAGUUCUUUUUCUCCGCUAACCUCGUCAUCUAGGGUUUCUUACCCAUCGACUGCUUGUAGAUUCGAGCCACUGUCAAUGGAUCCCAUUAAUGAAUUACCAAUUACUUCAUCGAAGUCUCUUCACAACCAUCCUCCACUAAAUGAAAGGAUACUGUCAUCCCUGUCUAGAAGGUCUGUUGCUGCUCACCCCUGGCACGACCUUGAGAUAGGUCCUGGCGCUCCACAAAUUUUUAAUUGCGUUGUGGAGAUUGGAAAAGGGAGUAAGGUGAAGUAUGAACUCGACAAAAGGACUGGGCUGAUAAAGGUAGAUCGUGUUCUUUACUCAUCGGUGGUGUACCCCCACAACUAUGGUUUCAUUCCACGAACGCUCUGUGAAGACAAUGACCCUCUGGAUGUUCUGGUUCUCAUGCAGGAGCCAAUCCUCCCAGGAUGUUUCCUUCGUGCAAAAGCCAUAGGCCUCAUGCCUAUGAUUGAUCAGGGAGAAAAGGAUGAUAAAAUAAUUGCUGUUUGUGCCGAUGAUCCUGAAUAUAGACAUUAUACAGACAUCAAGGAGCUCCCACCUCAUCGCUUGGCUGAAAUCAGGCGCUUCUUCGAAGAUUACAAGAAAAAUGAAAACAAAGAGGUUGCUGUGAAUGACUUCCUGUCUGCCACCUCCGCUUAUGACGCGAUACAGCACUCCAUGGAUCUUUAUGCAACUUAAUUCCCCAAAGUGCAA